GUCAUCUCCGGGCGCCGAGGGUGACUGGGACGCGCGGGGGGCUGCCCGGGUUCCGGGGCGCUGGCUGCCGGCGGCCGCGGGACGCUGGAGAGCGCGGGGCGGAAGUGGCCGCUGCCGGGCUCGGCCCCGACUUCCGCGCUGGUGUGUUGUGCGGCUGCGCGGGCUCCGGGGCUGUCCGAGUCGCGGCGGCACCUCUGCGGGUCGGGUUCCCUGCGCCGCCGCCCAGCCCUAGCCCGGGACUCCACAGCGUCUUCUCCGGACUGCGGGGAGCCGGCGCUUCUGUUUGGCUUUUGGUUGGAAAAGAACUUAGCCUAUAUGUACUGCGUUACCCACUGGAAGAAUGACAGAUGACAAAGAUGUGCUUCGAGAUGUGUGGUUUGGGCGAAUUCCAACUUGCUUUACCCUGUAUCAGGAUGAGAUAACUGAACGGGAGGCAGAGCCAUAUUAUUUGCUUUUGCCAAGAGUAAGUUACUUGACGUUGGUAACUGACAAAGUGAAAAAACACUUUCAGAAGGUUAUGAGACAAGAAGACAUUAGUGAGAUAUGGUUUGAAUAUGAAGGCACACCUCUGAAAUGGCAUUAUCCAAUUGGUUUGCUAUUUGAUCUUCUUGCAUCAAGUUCAGCUCUUCCUUGGAACAUCACAGUACAUUUUAAGAGUUUUCCGGAGAAGGAUCUUCUGCAUUGUCCGUCUAAGGAUGCAAUUGAAGCUCAUUUUAUGUCUUGUGUGAAAGAAGCUGAUGCUCUAAAACAUAAAAGUCAAGUAAUCAAUGAAAUGCAGAAAAAAGAUCACAAGCAACUCUGGAUGGGAUUACAAAAUGACAGAUUUGAUCAAUUCUGGGCCAUCAAUCGGAAACUCAUGGAAUAUCCUGCAGAAGAAAAUGGAUUUCGAUACAUCCCUUUUAGAAUAUAUCAGACGACAACGGAACGACCUUUCAUUCAGAAGCUUUUUCGCCCUAUGGCUACAGAUGGACAGUUGACCACACUAGGUGAUCUCCUGAAAGAAGUUUGUCCUUCUGCAAUUACUCCUGAAGAUGGGGAAAAGAGGAAUCAGGUGAUGAUCCAUGGAAUCGAGCCGAUGUUGGAAACACCGCUGCAGUGGCUGAGCGAACAUCUGAGCUACCCGGAUAAUUUUCUUCAUAUCAGUAUCAUCCCGCAGCCGACAGAUUGAAGGCUCGACUCAUCGCCUCAGCGGAAUCACCUUGACACAGGAUUUACCCAAGCAUGUCACCUUUCUGCUUCAGUCAGGUUUAGCGGAAGCACCCUGGCCAGAAACACUGCGACAGGCCAAGCAGGAGAGAAAGAGUCCACGUGAGCCAAGGCCUUGGGCCGGACUGCCUGUGCAUCACCACUGCUCCCCUCCACUGCCGUCAUUCAGCCUCUGCUGCAGCAGGAAAGACUUGGCAAGACCACUCGCCAGUCUUCUGUGUUCCUGUAAGAUACCAGGGAAGCCAAAACCUCUGGCCUGAGAAGAAGAUGGAAAUAUGUGCCACUCGAUUUGUCUAUCUGAUUAACAAAUAAACAGGGGUAUUUCCUAAGGUGACCAUAGUUGAACUUUAGCUCAAGGGAGUGGAAACAUUGGUUUAAUUUUCAAGAGAAUUAGACUUAAGAAAGUAAAAGAGAAAUUCUGUUAUCAAUAACUUGCAGUAAUUUUUUGUAACAGAUCAAAUUACAGUAAACCCAUCUUUCCUUAAUGAAAAUUUCCUAUGUUUACAGUCUGUCUAUUGGUAUGCAAACAAUCUUGUAACUUUGAUAAUGAACAGUAAGAGAUUUUUAAAUAAAGCCUCUAAAUAUGUUUUGUCAUUUAAUAACAUACAAUUUUUGUCACUUUUCGAGUACUUUCUGAUUAUCAGUAGAUCACCGUUUUUACUCUGUGUGUUUCCAUUCAGGCUGGUCAUCACUGGCAUGGGCUGGGUGCAGGGUGUAGAAUAACUUGUCUCAGGAGCUGGCAUAGAAUUUCUUGCUGCCUAUUUUUAAAUGUGUUCACAUGCUCAAGGUAUCAGUAAUGUUACCAUGUAUCUCUGCUGAUGUAUCAAUGUAGAGCUGUUAAAUCAUAGUAUGCUAAACAUCUGUAGAAGAUAAUUUUACAUUUGGAGGAAAAUUGUUCCUUUCCAACCUCGUGUUUCUCAUUGGCUCCAGGUCUAAUAUUUCAUUGUGGUGUUCCCUGGAAGCCUCUUUGAAGUCUCAAGAUUACCAGUCUCCAGACUGCAGUAGCUUUUCCUUAGCUUUACCAAAAAUAUUCAGAGGUUACUGGAGUUCUUACUCAACAUAAGGAAAUUUUUGCUGCACUUUAUUACCAGGCUGCUGGAAUUCUACCAGCUGACUGUAUUUGUGCAUUACACUUUGUUUCUUGUGAGCUAGCUUGCUGUCCAUAUUGAAUGUCAACCCAUUUGCGUAUGCAAAAAAACACGGUCCUCAAACAGUAAUGGUUUUAGGUUUCAUAAUAAAAAUGAAUGUUUUCUUAUAAAAAUUUGUACGAAUGUUGAAGUGAGAUCCUGCUAGUGCUCACUGCUUCCUUUUACCCUUUUGCGACUAUUCACUGAUUAAUACCAGAUUUAUUCACUGGACAAGAUUCAAGUCAGGGAUCAAAUGAUUUGGAAUGGAAAGAAUAAGAACCAAUAAGAAAAAAUAAACUAAUCAGAGAAAACAAAAGCAGGUAGCAAAUAAUUGACUUAAUGUCAAUAAAGUGAAAAGUGACCUUUCGUAAAGGAGGAUAAAAAGCAUUGUUUGAGUUAAGCAUAAAAACCCACUGACUUGUAAUUUUUCAGAAGAGGUUGGUAGAAUAUGAUGGUUCACAUUAAAAGUGUGUAUUCAUCUGUU